UUCGACGUUUUGGGAGAGUUCCCCCACCUAGCGACUAAACCCUGGAGGCCAUUCGGGUGUUGGGUGUAGCCGUUUUAGGGUUUUGGGAGAGGGGGGAUUUCAGAAGCCACCGCUUCGCAACCGCGAGCCUGAGGCGGCGAUCGCGCCUGGCGAAGCAUCUAUUCCGGAGCUGACCAGAUUCAGUGCCUGUGCUUGGUUUCCAGCGAGGAAUUGGGGCCAUGGCUUUCACAAGUAGGAUUGGAAAUGUGCUCAGGAGAACUUCAGUGCCUAACUCGCCUCUGCUUCACGCAGUAAGAUGCAUGUCCUCUUCAAAACUUUUUGUUGCAGGGCUUCCAUAUGCCAUAGAGGAAACCACUCUGAAGAAUGAGUUUUCAAAAUAUGGGGAUGUACUUGAAGCCCGAAUCAUCACUGAUCGGGAAUCCGGCCGCUCAAGGGGAUUUGGAUUUGUAACUUAUACAUCCAGCGAAGAAGCCUCAGCUGCAAUUACUGCCAUGGAUGGCAAGGAACUUCAAGGACGUCCUGUAAAGGUAACCCAUGCCAAUGACCGUGCUGGUGGAAUACGUGGAGGUGGUGGUUAUGGUGGUGGAGGUGGAUAUGCUACUGGUGGGUAUGGCGCUGGCAGUGGAUAUAGUUCUGGGGGGUAUGGCGCUGGUGGUGGAUAUAGCUCUGGGGGGUAUGGUGGUAGCAGCAGUAUGUAUGCCGGCAGCAGUGGAUAUGGUGAUCGAGCUGGUGGCGGCAGCGGCUAUGGUAGCAACUACAACAAUGCUUCUGGUGGUGGAUAUGCCGGAAAUGGUGGUUACAGUGAUGGAGCUACCAGUGGCGGUUAUGCUAGCAACUUCAACAGUGUUUCUGGUGGUGGAUAUGGAAGCGGUGGAAGCUUCGGUACCACUAGCAAUCCUGGUGGAAGCACUGGUGGAUACAGUUCUCCGGACACCUAUGGUGCAGGCAACUACAACAGUGGAGCUCCUGGUGGCGGAAGCUUUGGUGAAUAUGGUGGCGGUUUCGGUAAUGGAGGUUUCGGUGCUGCUGUUGGUCCCAACAACGGCAAUAACAACUUUUCUGGGACUCCGACUAGUGGUAGCAACUUUGCUCGAAAUGUGACUAGUGGCAGCUACAGUGGCCACAGCGGUGCUGGAGGAUUUUCUGGUGGCGGGGCUACAGGCUAUGGGGCUAACAAGCCGCAGUACAAUGGCCAAGACGACCUGCUGGGUGACGACUACUUUGACUCCAAGGAAGCGUCAGAGGAUAGAUGAGAAUGUUGCAUCCUUUCAUCUCGCACGUUGCUGCAGAUCUUUUGUUUAUCCUAGCUUCAUCGGAUCAGCCAAAGUGAUAGAGGAAAUAAAAACUUUGCCUGAGCUUAUUAGGGUUAUAAUAGAGGCAUAGAGCACACGCUGCUUUAGUUUUUUGCAUUCUGUUUCCAGACACGUUAUGUGAUGUUUUUCUUUCCAUAUUGGUUGGAGUUCCAUGCUUUUUUGUGAAGAAAGCGGUGGUUAAAUCCUCUUCCGAGAGUAAAAAUGAUGCUAGCAAAGAUGUUCUAAGCCUGCGCAUUGUUACAUUACGCGCAAAGGUGUGG